AAGAAACACACAAAGAGUGAACUGCCCGCACGACACUCACUGGCUCAGCCGGUCCCCACCACUUAACCGUCGAUACCACGACAGACCGACGUGGACAAAUCAGAACCGUUUAUUUCAAAAAGGCAAUUCUGAUCCAGUGGUCCAUGUUUUUUUAAUGCGCCAGCUAAAGAGGAAGAGAGAGAGUCAAAAGAAAGAAAGCUCCAGAAUCUCGUCAAUGGCGGACUGGGUUUUUUCACCUUAGCCAGUCAAAUCAAGGAGGCGAUGGAGAAUAAUGAAAAAAAAAGUUUAGCUGAAGAAUAAAUUGAAGAUUUGAAUCAAACCAUUAGUCUUGUGUCUAAGCUGUUUCUACGUCAUUUGGUUUUGCUGUGAAGUGUUGGUUCGGAUUUAGGUUCGGAUAAGGAAGAUGGAGGAGAUUAGAGGAGUGCCUACGUGGCAGGAGGAGUUAGCGAGUCUCGUCGACGCCGGAUUACGAUACGACGGAGCACCGAUCGAUUUAACGGCGGCUACUGAAAUCGGGUCAAAGAGAUCGGGUUUUGUGUCGGCGGAUGGAUCCGGAUCCGAACCGAAGGAGACAUUGAAAGAUCAAGUGACGGGAUUCAUGAAAUCUUGGGGAGAGAUGCUUCUUGAGCUCGCGAAAGGAUGCAAGGACAUUGUGCAGCAGACGGUGGUGACUGAGGACUCAUUCGUAGUACGGAAGCUCCGGAAACCGGCGGCUAAAGUGUCGAAGAAGCUUAGCUUUCUAAACGAAUUCUUGCCUGAGGAUCGUGAUCCGAUUCACGCUUGGCCUGUGAUUUUCUUCGUCUUCCUCUUAGCACUCGCAGCAUUAAGCUUUAGUCCAGAGCACGAUAGACCAGUGACAGUGAUAAAGAAACUGCGUUUACAUCCUACCGGUGCUACCCGUGUACAGCUUCCAGAUGGUAGAUAUAUAGCUUACCAAGAGCUAGGUGUUUCAGCAGAAAAAGCAAGAUACUCUUUAGUUACGCCCCAUUCUUUUCUUUCCUCUCGACUUGCAGGCAUACCUGGAGUGAAGAAAUCAUUGCUUGUGGAGUAUGGUGUCCGUUUAGUGUCAUAUGAUCUUCCAGGGUUUGGAGAGAGUGAUCCUCAUCGAGGUCGAAACCUUAGCUCAGCAGCCUCAGAUAUGAUUAACCUAGCAGCUGCUAUCGGAAUUGAUGAGAAAUUCUGGUUACUUGGCUACUCUACUGGUAGUAUGCAUACAUGGGCUGCAAUGAAAUAUUUUCCUGGGAAAAUUGCAGGAGCUGCAAUGGUGGCUCCGGUGAUUAACCCCUAUGAACCAAGCAUGGCCAAGGAAGAGAUGGUAAAAACAUGGGAGCAAUGGCUAACAAAGAGGAAAUUCAUGUACUUUUUAGCACGGCGGUUUCCUAUUCUUCUUCCUUUCUUCUACCGUAGAUCUUUUCUCUCUGGUAAACUCGAUCAGCUCGAUGAGUGGAUGGCAUUGUCAUUAGGAGAAAAGGAUAAACUUCUGAUCAAAGAUCCAACGUUUCAAGAAUUUUACCAAAGGAACGUUGAAGAAUCCGUCCGUCAAGGAAUCACAAAACCAUUUGUAGAAGAAUCCGUGCUUCAAGUAUCGAAUUGGGGCUUUACUCUUUCUGAAUUCCGCACACAGAAGAAAUGUACAACCAAUGGUGUCCUUUCUUGGCUCAUGUCAAUGUACAGUGAAGCUGAAUGUGAACUAAUCGGAUUUCGAAAACCCAUUCACAUAUGGCAGGGAAUGGAGGAUCGAGUGGCGCCACCGUCAAUGAGUGACUACAUCAGCAGAAUGAUUCCUGAAGCAACUGUACAUAAGAUUCCAAACGAAGGUCACUUCUCGUUCUUCUAUUUCUGCGAUGAGUGCCACAGACAGAUUUUCUAUGCUCUAUUCGGAGAACCCAAAGGCCAGCUUGAAAGAGUAAAAGAAACAAAGGACACUCUAGUGGAAACAGAGGCACAUAUGGACACUUAUUAGUACUAAUACAACCACCAAAAAAAAAGUAAAGAAGUAAAAAAAAAAAAAAGGUGGAAAUUAGCUAUAGCUAGAAAAUCAAAAACUAGAUAUUUUUUGUUUCAGAUUUUAUAGGGUUACACCAAGCAGAAUUUUAUACUAGAUGGCAUUUUACAUCCCAAAGGAUAUGUAGUUAAAGAUGAUUUAUCAAUGGUUAUGAUAGUACUACUAGAUUCGGAAAAUAAAAUUACAAAAGAAGAAGACAGAUA